UGUAAAAUUUACAAAAAAUAUAUUUGUAAAUGUUAAAACGAUAAGUAAGAACCUGACUUUCAAAAUAGUUAUAUACUAUAUAGUUUUCUAUAAUUAUUAUAUGUAAUAUAUUUGUCAAUAUAUUAUUACAUAUCGUGCCGCGUAGGUUAUUAUAUAUACACGACUAACCCUACAUAUAACUGAGUCUAGUAAAAGGGGGAAUAUAACUCUGGAAAGAAAGAAUGAGGGUUUUUAAGAAGAACAAGAAGAGACGAAGACGAGAGAAAUCCAGAGAUGAUAGAUCACAACCAAACCAUAUUCCUCUUGAUCUAACCUUUGAGAUACUCUCAAGACUUCCUGCCAAAUCAAUCGUGAGAUAUCAAUGCGUCUCGAAGCUCUGGUCUUCUUUCACCACACUUCCGAGUUUUAUCAACUCCUUCGCGUCUCGGUCCUCAUCACGAUCACCGCGUCUUCUGCUCACCUUCACGCUACAAGGGAAGCACUUCGUUUUCUCGUUUCCUCAAAACCAGAACCCUGAAGGGUCUUAUUCUCCAGUGUACCGUUAUCAUAUGAAAAACGCUUAUAAUGAUUAUAUGCGAUCGGAGAGCGUCCAUGGUUUGAUUUUAUUAUAUGGAUUCCGGAUUUGGAACCCAAGCUUGCGUAGGAUUUUUACCUUACCACAUCCCGAAGAGCACAUCCCCAUCUCGCUUUGUAGUCGUAGAUCUUAUUUAUGUUACGAUCCAUUGGAGGGUAAACACAAAGUACUGUGCUUAUAUUAUGGAAGUAGUUCUGUAGAGCCUCUGAUUAUUACAUUGGGAGCUCAAGAAUCAUGGAGAAUAAUAACCAAAGGACGUUGCCCUGUGCAUUCCCCAACUAAAGAAGGAUAUGGGCGUUGCUUCAAUGGGAUUCUGUACUAUCAAGCUAGAGUUGAUGAUCAUGAUAUAAUAAUGAGCUUUGAUGUCAAAUCAGAAAGCUUUAGUCCUAUAAAUUAUCCAAAGUAUUCCAGUUUUCGACGGUCGUAUAAGAUGAUGAUACCUUAUGACGGAAGGCUAGCCUUAGUUACUCGUGACUUUCCCAGUGAAUUAUAUAUUUUGAAAGAUGCAGAUGGACACGAAUGGACGCGUCAAUGUUUACCUCGUGUACGUUUUAAGAGCAAGUGGAGGAUUUAUAUGCAAUUGAAGGGUAUUACUGAUGCCGGUGAGCUUGUUUUUGCACCAAAAAGUUUUGUUGACUCGUUUUAUAUUCUAUAUUUUGAUCCAAGGAGAAACAGUACUCGAGAAGCCUUUUUUGAAGGAUUUAUGGGUGAUGAAUUUAGACGCAGUGAUUAUGGAUUUCCUAACAACCGAACAGACUGUUUCGGUGUUUUCGCAAAUCACAUGGAGAGUCUCGUGUCUUUCUAGGUGCAGCCUUCUUUCGCUCAAUGCUCUUCAAUGUUUUUGUUUUCGACUUUUGUUGUGUUUUUUUUUUGUUGAACGAAUGUAAACAUUUAUUUCAAUCAAAAACAUUGUUACAAUAGAUGUGUCAUUGUUUAGAAGAUCAAACACAAGAAAAAUGUCAUGCUUUUUCCCUAGUUCCUCCAAGCCUCCAUUGUACCUUGAUAUUUGCUGCAA